GUGAUAAAAUAUAUUCUUUAGUACAAGAUAAGAGUGAGUUCUCAAGAAUUAUUAUCAUGAUUUAUCAUGAGCUGAUUUAUAAUAAUCCAGGAAAAUAUAAAGUGUGUGAUCGUGUUUAUUACAUAAUUGAUAAAGAUAUAUUUAACAAGUAUAAGUUGCUGUUUGAUUAUUCUAAGGAUUAUGAGAAAAUAAAACAUCAUACUCUUGAUCCUAAUACAACAUGUGACCAAAAAUAUAAAGAAGUCUUGGAAAAUUAUAUUGAUACAUAUAUCCAUGCAUAUUCAAAUUGUAUUGGAGCACGAACAACAAAAUAUGAUUGUAAUUAUUUUCAUAAUUUAUUCAAAGAAUCAUUUGAGAAUUUAACUACGUCUACUUGUAGAGAUCGCCAAAAUGAUGAAGCAAUAUUAGAAACAGACACAACACACAGAGACAAAAGACCUGCAUUAAAGUCAGAUCUUCCUUCAUCGAAAUAUGGUGGUUCAUAUCGAUACGAGUUUGCACCAGAGAAUACUAAAACUAGUUUAGCAACACAAUAUAAAUCAGAUGGUUCUUUGUCUCUUCCCAUGGAAGAUUCUACAGGAGGUUCAUCCUCAAGAACUACUAUAGGUUUAGUAGUUCCAGUAUUAGGAGUUUCUUUUAUUUCUUUUCUACUAUAUAGG